AAGAAAAGAAAGAAGGGGGAAAAAAGAAAAGAAAGAAAAGAGAAGAAAAGAAAAUAAAAGAAAAGAAAAAAACGAGAAAGGAGGAAAAGAAAAACGGAAAAUACAAGAAAAGAGAAAAGAACACAAAACAAUAAAAAGAAAAGGGGAAAAAAAGGGGAAAAGGAAGAGGUUGCAAAACGACGUGGAAACUUUUCCUUGUCUCCGUUUCCCCAAGUUCUGAAGAGCUGGAAUGGAGCUGGAGAAAACCUACGCGASUCCCCGAGGCGGCCGCACAGGACACGGUGGCGUCAAUCAGCUGGGGGGCGUUUUCGUGAAUGGCCGCCCCCUCCCAGAUGUGGUUCGCCAAAGGAUCGUGGAGCUCGCCCACCAAGGGGUCCGCCCGUGUGACAUCUCCCGGCAGCUCCGUGUCAGCCACGGCUGUGUCAGCAAAAUACUUGGCAGGUAUUACGAAACCGGGAGCAUCAAGCCUGGAGUGAUCGGAGGAUCAAAACCAAAGGUCGCCACACCAAAAGUUGUCGAAAAAAUYGCAGAAUACAAACGCCAAAAUCCUACCAUGUUUGCCUGGGAGAUCAGGGACAGGCUCCUUGCUGAGCGRGUGUGUGACAAUGACACGGUGCCCAGCGUCAGCUCCAUUAACAGGAUCAUACGGACCAAGGUGCAGCAGCCGCCCAAUCAGCAGGUGCCAGCCUCCAGCCACAGCAUAGCCUCCACAGGAUCUGUCACCCAGGUGUCCUCGGUCACCACUGACUCUGCUGGCUCCUCCUACUCCAUCAGUGGGAUUUUGGGAAUUGCUUCUCCUGGCACCGAGAGCAACAAGCGCAAGCGGGAUGAAG